CUUGAUGGAUUGCUGGGGUGCGGUGCUUUAUUUUAGGGAACGAAAUACGCGGUUCCCCUCACUUAGAUCAGAGGCGAAUCAACUGUCAUUGGUCUAGAGUUUCGUCUGGUGUGUCUUGAGUCGCACAGGCGUAGUGGUGUUUUCAACGCGAACGGUUGAAGCGCAGUGAACUGGGGCUGGUGCAAGUGCGGGCCAGUUGAGGCGGAGUUUGGGUGAGCAACUGUUGCUUUGAAGGAAUCGACUAUCCCGCCUAGGCUGCAAGCUUAAUGGACCCGACCUCUUGAUCAUUAACGAGCUCGACUGCAUCCUUCUCACGAACCAAAUUCCUGACGGCGACCCAUCGAUCACAAGCUGAAAAUCAUCAAACGAACCAUUCAUUAUUGGGCCUUUUCUAAUAACGAGAUCAGGAAGCGUAUCGCAUCGUAGUCCUUCAAGUUCAGCCGUCACGCGCCCAGCAUGUUCCGAGCAGCAGCUCCAGGGCCGUUUGAUGCGGCCAUCGCUAAAGCGACGGACGAGAACCUCACUGCUGAGGACUGGGGAGCAAUUAUCGAGGUGUGCGACAAGGUGUCGUCAGACCCGAAUGGCCCUAAGGAAGCGGUGCAGAGCCUGAUCAAACGGAUGGCGCAUCGCAAUGCCAACGUCCAACUGUACACUUUGGAGCUCGGCAAUGCGCUGUCGCAAAAUUGCGGCAAGAACAUGCACCGCGAACUCGCCAGCCGCGCCUUCACCGAUGCCCUGCUCAAGCUUGCCAACGAUCGCAACACACACCAACAGGUCAAAUCCAAAAUUCUAGAGCGUAUGAAGGAGUGGUCAGACAUGUUUAGCAAGGAUGCCGACCUGGGCAUCAUGUAUGAUGCUUACUUCCGCCUCAAGCAGAACAACCCCACACUUCAGCCUCCGUCGGCACCGCAAAAGGCCAGGCUGACCGAUGUGGAUCGCCAGAAGGAGGAGGAGGAGCUUCAGAUGGCUCUUCAACUGUCCCUACAAGAGGAAGAGAGAAAGAAGAAGGUAGCUGAGAGCAGCUCGGCCGCCGCGGGGCCAAGUUCAGGGGUCAGGCCUGGUGCGCCUGGUGCAGCUGGUGCGGGGCCGAGCCAGACGGAACCGGUGCUUUCUCAUCCCACGGGCACAACAGCUGCGACUGUCUCUCGCGUGCGUGCGCUUUACGACUUUGUUCCUAGUGAACCUGGUGAGCUGGAAUUUAAGAAGGGCGAUGUCAUCGCGGUCUUGGAGUCCGUCUUUAAGGACUGGUGGCGUGGGUCGUUGAAGGGCAACACGGGCAUUUUCCCGCUCAACUACGUCGAGAAGCUUACUGAUCCGACCCCGGACGAGCUGCAACGCGAGGCCCAAAUGGAAGCUGAAGUGUUUGCCGAAAUCAAGAAUGUCGAGAAGCUGCUCACGCUACUGAGUACUUCGAAUAUGGCGCCCAGGGAGGAAGACAACGAGGAGAUCUCGAAACUCUACCACCAGACGCUGGCCAUCCGGCCAAAACUGAUCAAGUUGAUUGAGAAGUAUUCUCAGAAAAAGGAUGACUUCACACAGUUGAACGAGAAGUUUAUCAAGGCUAGGAGAGAUUACGAAGCCCUCUUGGAAUCUUCCAUGUCUCACCCGCCUGGGCCCAGUUACCACCAAUAUGCACCUCGCCCCCCUAUGGCAGGCCAGGUGUACCCGAGUGCGGGACCGGCCUAUGCGUCUCAAGGGCCGCCCCCUCAAGCGCAGCAAGAUCCGCAGAGAUACUACGCUGCGGGCCCUCAAGGGCCUCCUCAAGAGCAGGCCCCUUACCAGGCUUCCUCGCCAGCUCCUAAUUUCCAAAGGACCACUCCAGGCCCUGCUCCAUUUUAUCUUCAAGGCGCAGAGAUUCCCCCACACGCCCAAGGCCCUCCGUCUCAACCCCAGCACCAGCAACAAUAUCCUCAAGGCGGCCCCACCCCCACUCAGCACCAACAGCAGUACUCCCAAGGCGGCCCAGCCCAUGCGCCUCAGCCACAGCAAUACGCCCAGGCGGCUGGCCAAAAUCAUGCUCAACCGCAAUAUCCUCCCGGCGACCAGCCGUCGCGUGUUGAAAAUGCUUCCAAGCAACCAGCACCUAUUCAGACCUCAUCUCCUCCGCCACAACAAACAUAUCAGGCCUAUUCGCAACCUCCUCCUCAAGCAGGUCAGCGGCCACAAAGCACAUAUGGCAAUCCGCAAGAACUGGCAACAUCUGCUUAUGACUCUCCCGUGGCUACUCAAAACCCCGGGCCUGAUCCGUACUCAGCCUCGGUCUACUCGACAGAGGACCCGUACAGCGCGAGCCCAACGGGCAACGCUCCUUCUGCACCUCCACCUUCAGUGCCUUCGGGCCCCCCUCAAGGCGUUCCAACACCGUUGGCUUUCGCCGGUGGUCCGUCAGCCUCACCGCAGCCACAGUAUACGGCCUACAACCCCCUGCAGCAGACUCAACAUCAAAACGGCCCGUCUUACGAUGCGCCCAGUGCACCUAAUAAUGCCCCGCCUCCUGUGCCCACAGGCUCCGCUCCUCCUAAUGCGUUGACACCCCCUCCUAUUCAACCAGGCGGGCGGGCUUUUGAUGCUCGACAGAAUCUUCCCAGCAGGGCAUCGCACAACACAGCCUCAGGUGGACAGCCUCAAUACAAAGCAUACGUUCCGCCCGCAGCGGCUGCAGGGAAUGAACCGAGUGCACCUCAAGACUUUUACAGGCAAAGUGCGUACUAAGUGAUUGGACCAGGCGGCGAGAAAGGGGAUGGACGGAUACAUCAGGGUUAUGGUACGAACGAAGCUGGGUUCGACUUCAUUUUUGGGUUUCACAGGACACACAUUGCGCGAGGUAUACCACCACCCGGGCGUAGGGUGACCGUUGGAGUUACUCAAACUCCGGGUCUUUUUCUCUCUUCUUUCUUUUUUGAAUCCGUGGGCCUACUUUGCUUGUAUGAGGUGUCGAUCAGAGUGCCGGCGAUCCAGGGAGCGGCCGGCUGUUAGUAGAUAAUUCUGUGUAUUUUAUCCAUAAGAUGUGCAGUCUAUAUGUUGACUUGGGUGUUGGUGAUCAUUUUUCGAUUUGCUGCGAGUUGCUAUGAUUGAGUGUUUGCCCAUUGUUCUGCUGGUGUACGUAGGCCCACGCUUGCAGGUGGUAAAAUUAGUUAAUAAUUACUGGAUUCGAAG